UUUGAAAUGUAAAUGAGUAUAUAAAGACCACCAACAUCAACAACUAGAGAUGUAUCAACCAGUGUUUUUGGAUAAAGUCAUAUAGAAUGGCAUUCUCCUAAUAAAGAUCUAGAAUGGAAUUAAGAAAAAUACAUGAGAUAAGUUAAUGAAAUUAUAAUUGAAUGUAAUAUAUAAAUUUCAUUAUAAUAGAAAGCGAAUCCCCUAUAUAAGAGAAACAAAAACAAAUUAAAGCUUAAUAAUAUUAGUUAAUUACUUUUGCUGAAUUGAUUCAAAGAUUUAGAUUAAGUGAAGGAUAUUAUUCAGUUCGAAAUAAAUCAAAAUGUUCAUGUUAUGGGUUUUCAUCAACUAUCUCAACAACUGAAUAAGUUAAAUAAAAGUUUAUUCAAUUAGGGAUGGAUUAGUUAAAUCUCUAAAAUGAAUUUCAUAGAAAUACGGUUUAUUCUAUACAUUAUCUUCUAAAUAAUACUGAAAAACCCAAUGAGAACUAGUUGAAAAUGAUAUCAAAAUACUCUUCUAAAUAUUUUUAAUUGAUGCAAUUUCUUUCUUGUUUAGAAUUUGAAACACCUCUAUUUUAAACACUCUAUAAAGAAUCAGGAGAAUUAUUAAUAUAAUUAGUAAUAAAUGUAGGAUAGAUGGUUUUUGAAUAAUUAUUGAGUAAUAAAUUAAACAAAUUAAUCUAAAAAGAGUAAUCUCAUUUAUUUCACAAUAUCCUUAGAAAUUAUUAGAGCAGUCUCAUUUUCCAUAUAUAUAAAGAAAUCAAGAAAUCAAAUCAAUCACUCUAAAUUUUGAUAAAAUAAUAUGAAAAAUCUGAUCCUAAUUUUUAUUAUUACUGGUAUAUCCAAUAGAAAUAAUAUAAUAAUAAUUUAUUCUCGGAUUGA